AUGUUGGCAGCCCUGGCAGGCCGGGUGCUCUUUGGAGCUUUGACGGCACCCGAUGGCGCCCGGCUAAGCGCAUGGCUGCCCCAGAUGGCUCCAUUCCGAGGAAGUCACUGGCAGACUUCAGUGCUGGCCUUCAGGGCAUCUCUCCCUAUGAGAGCACAACCAAAGAAGAAGAAGAAGGUGGAUGUAAAGAGAGAGCAGGCACAGAAGGAUCGUAUGAAAAAGAAGAUUAGGAAGUUGGAAAAAGCAGCUGCAGAAAUGAUUCCAAUUGAGGAUUUUGUAACACCAUUUAAGUACUCAGAUGGCAGCAGGGUGCGGAGUCUUCCCCCUCUGUCAUUUGAAGAGACAGAAAGAAGAGUUCUACUUCUGAAAAAGUGGUCUGUGUUUAAGCAGAAACAAGACGAGGCAGAGAAGAAAGCAAUUCAGACUCUUGUGGAAGCUCAGCAAGAGGCACUAAAGGAAUUGCGCCUUGAAUCGGAGGAGCUGUAUCAGGCAGCAAUCAAACGAGACCAGGGGCUUUUCCCCUUCGAGAGCAAUGGGCCCAGUUACACCCCCCCACUGCCUGGCUAUGAUCCUCCCGAGGGAAAAUGCAUUGAUAUCACCAAAGUGUAUACACAGUGAGGGAGGAGUUGGUUCUUCAUAUGGCAUGAGCUACUCAGCCAACUGAAGGAGAUAAGAAUAAACAAUUCCUUCUGCAGGUUGUGGUACUGCAGGUGUCUGACUGUCCACAUAUUAAUGAAAGUAAUAAGGCACCCAGCACCACUAUGCUGGCUUACAUUUGUGCCAUGCUAGAAUUUCACACAGCAGUUUAUCUUCCUGGGCUUGUAUCACUCAUCUGUCAAUAUAUUCCUGAGCAGCUCUUUUUUGUUGUUGCUGUUGUUGUUCUGCACAAACAAUAACUUAGAAGAUUCCUGUGCUGUGAGGAAAGAAGGUCAGUCAUCCCACCAGAGCCUUUACUAUAAGGGGAGAUGGCAGUUUACUGACUUUGUCAAUUUCACUGGAGUACUUUUGCAUCUAAGAGGGAAAAACAGAUGGAAAAUACACUGUGGCAAAGCCAA